UCAACGAACCAGCUUUUAUAUAUUUAAUCACAUUGAUUACUAAAUUAUUAGCCCAGAAAUACUUUUUUUUUUUUUUUUGCAAGAAUGGCAGAUUGGAGGUCACAAUUCACAAAUCAAGCGUUUACUGUCUCUUUCUUCAUUUCUCUGGGUGGCAAUCUUUAUUAUUAUUACUGACGAUGAUUGGAUCAAAUGGCAAGCGGCUUGUUUCAGCUUAAUCUUGUCUCUGUUAUCUCCGUUGAGAACCACCACAUUGGCGCUGCACCAAUAGACCACUGUGUCCGCAUUUUGCAGAGAACCGAGAUCAGUCAGGGAGUGAGCCAUCUCUUUGCGUUUGUCUUCUUGCCUAUCUGAGAAUAUGGUCUUUUUAUGCCCAUCCUCGUGAGACAUGACCCAUUUGACCUCCUCACAUCUCUGCUGGGUCGGUAAACAUAUCUUUUGUUUUUCUGAUCUCAAGUUCCAAAAAGAAUAAAUAAAAGAGAGAAAAGUCUCUUGGUUUGAGGUGGGUUUUUUGGGUUUAUUCCAUUUGGGUCAUGGCAGUUUUCUGUGAUCUUGAAGUGGAUGUAAAUGGAGAAGAGACUUUCCUGGUAAACAAGGUAAUCAAUCCUAUGCUCCCCU